AUGGCUUCCCAAGUAGAUCACCCGCCUCUCGAGCAAACAGCUUCGGAUAAUUCGGUAGACAUGUUAGAUCCUGUGGCCCGAAGACGACUCCAAAAUCGCCUCAAUCAACGUGCGAGCAGAAAAAGGAAGGCGCUGGAGUGCAAAAAGCAACGCAACAUGUCAGACAGGAAAUGGGUUGUCUAUAUGGAGGAUUCGAACCUCCCCAAAAAGAAUGCCUUCACAGAAGAAACAACAAGCCAUCAAGUCACUAAAUCAUCAUCACCUCCCCACCAAAACGAAGAACAUCUCUGUUAUUUCAACCCUUCCCAGCGCGAUGAAUUCAUGGACAACCUGCAUGCGAAAGCCUUGCAUAUGAUGGGAAAGCCGGCUCUCUCACAAAAUCUCACUUUUCACAUAUCCCAGUACAAUAUACUUCGAGCUAUGUUAAUCAACGCCGAUCUCAUGGGUCUCACAUUUGAUCUUCUCAACGAAGACCUCGCAUCGCAGUUCAACCUCGUCGGUCCAUCGAUGUCGGCGAUACAUCUUCCAGCAAGCCUGUGUCCAUCCCAAAAACAAAAGAAAAUCAUCCAUCAUCCCUGGAUCGAUUUAAUUCCAAUGUUGUCUCUACGGGAGGCUCUCUUGGCUAGGGCAGAUGUACUCGACGAAGAUGAACUAUGCGGCGAUCUUUAUGGGGCUUGCGCUUCAUCGCAAGAAGUUGGGCUUUGUGUUUGGGGCGAAGCUUGGGAUCCAUUUGCUUAUGAGGUCUCUGAGAACUUGAUCAGGAAAUGGAGUUGGAUGGCAAAAGACUGUCCCGACAUAAUCAAGUCGUCUAAUUACUGGAGGAAACAGCGAGGGGAAAAGCCCAUCAUGCUCAGGAUCAAGUGA